AAGGGGUAGGGGCGGACUGUCAAAAAACAGUUUUUAGGUUAUUGGUCUGUGUAUGAAUGUACUAAAUUGGGAAGUGCAUAAAAAUGGGCAAUAUUAUGGGAAAUGGUGUUAGCAACGGGUUAAAUCUUUAUUUGCACCCGGAAAUAACUCCAGAUCCAUUGAAAGAACCCAAGAAUAACCCGUUGGAAGGCUUCGAUAAGCUACGAAAGGAGCGAACGGUUAAGGCCACGAAGGCAGAGAUGGAAUCUGCAAAAAUUCCGCUGCAAAACAGGGACUACUGUGUUGAUGAGUUGCUUCGGUUCAAGGCUUGCAGGAAGGAUGUAUGGCCAUUUGCUGUUCAAUGUGAGCAUGAGAAACAUGCUUAUUUGAACUGCCAAUACGAAGAUUAUGUGAUUAGAAUGAAGGAGUAUGAGAGGGAGAGGCGUUUAAUGGAGCGCAGUGCUGCAUUGAAUGCUGCUGCCUGAAAAAGUGAUUGGCUUAUCAACAGCAAGUAGGAAUUACUGUAAAUAACAUAAAUAAAACUUUACCGAUUCAUAUUUAAGCUUAA